CUACUCUCAGCAUGAAGAUGCCUCUGGUGGGGCUGCUGCUUGGCCUGGCAUGCAUAGAGUUGGCCCAGUCCUUGCAGUGCUACACAUGCAAGGAGCCAAUGGACAUUUCCAAGUGCAGAACACCCACAGAAUGUCCCCCGAGAGCCAAGGUGUGCACAACAACUCUGCACUCUGUAGACUUAGGUUACCCGUUUUUUGGCAACAUCACCGUCACAAGAAGCUGUGAAGAGGAGUGUGUCACCUAUGAAGGGAUAGGGUCAAAUAGACCAACAACAUGCUGCUACACUGACCUCUGCACUGAAGACACCAGGAGCAGCAAGGGGGAGAGAAGCAGCUCUGCAGCGCUGGGUGUGAUGGCCAUGAUUUUUGGCACGCUCCUCCAGUGUGUUCUGUGAUGUUGAUGGGUAUCUGUGCUCCAGUCAAAGCAUUCUCACUCCUCUCUCUGCCAAGAUGUGAACUUUGAGAUACCCUGGGAAAACUUCUUCACUCAAGUGUGUCUUCACCCAUCUUCAGCGCUAUGAAUUCAAUGGGAUUCAAGCCAAAAGUUUGGGCAUUCAGAACUAAAAUCCUCAAAUUUCCACUUUCCAGCUGAUAUAAACAGAUGUUCUUCACCUAUGGUUGCUUCUGUUUCCCAGAAUCCACAUCUCACCUUGCAGCUUUCUUCACUGGGGAGCAGAGGUGGAUAAAGAGAGUGGUGGCUCUGAGCAGCAUGAGGGACUGGGCUGUGACACUGGGCUUGAGCAAGAGCAGGGGCUGUACUUAUAUGUGUAUUGGACACAACGGAUCUCCCCAGCUCCCACACAGUGUACAUCUGUGACAAUAACCUAAUGCAAAAUCCCCAAAAUACCUGCAACUCUUCAUCGGGAUCUUCCUUUACUUUCUUUCCACACUGGGUGCUAUCUCCUGAGCCAGAUGGAUGUUGCAACCUUCCCAGUACUCAACAAAGCACAGUAUGCAAUUGGAGGGAGCUGGCUCUUAAAUCUGUCCAGAAUGUUAUGGAAUGGGUUCAGAAGGGCUCAGCCUUCACGCAUGGAGAUGGGACAUGUUUCUGAAAAGCUCAAAAGAUGUUCAGGAUGAAGCACUCAAGGCUAGUUAAACUGAUAAAAGCAAGUCAAGGAGUUUGAGCAGAACAAACUCCCAUCAGCCCUUCGCCUGAGCUCAGGUUGCAAUCAUAGUCCCUGGCUUUCUCCUUCCAGAUGUUUCACAGACUGUUCCUAGUAAUUUCUCCUAUUACUCUGUCCUUCCCCAU